AUGUCAGCCUACACCCGGAAAAGCGUCCCUCUCUCAGAGCGCCUGCGCCGAAUGAGGACCACAGGAAAGCCCGCGACUGCUCACCUGCGCAGACAGGAAAGCCCGCGACUGCUCACCUGCGCAGACAGGAAAGCCCGCCACUGCUCACCUGCGCAGACAGGAAAGCCCGCCACUGUUCGCCUGCGCACACAGGAAAGCCCGCCACUCUUCACCCCCGCAGACAGGAAAGCCCGCCUCUGCUCGCCCGCACAGACAGGAAAGCCCGCAACUGUUCGCCUGCGCAGACAGGAAAGCCCGCCACUGCUCGCCUGCGCAGACAGGAAAGCCCGCCACUGCUCGCCUGCGCAGACAGGAAAGCCUGCCACUGCUCGCCUGCGCAGACAGGAAAGCCCGCCACUCCUCAUCCGCACAGACAGGAAAGCCCGCAACUGUUCACCUGCACAGACAGGAAAGCCCGCAACUGUUCACCUGCACAGACAGGAAAGCCUGCCACUCCUCACCCGCACAGACAGGAAGGCCUGCCACUGCUCGCCUGCGCAGACAGGAAAGCCCGCCACUGCUCGCCUGCGCAGACAGGAAAGCCCGCCACUCCUCACCCGCACAGACAGGAAAGCCCGCCACUGUUCGCCUGCGCACACAGGAAAGCCCGCCACUCUUCACCCCCGCAGACAGGAAAUCCCGCCUCUGCUCGCCCGCACAGACAGGAAAGCCCGCAACUGUUCGCCUGCGCAGACAGGAAAGCCCGCCACUGCUCGCCUGCGCAGACAGGAAAGCCCGCCACUGCUCGCCUGCGCAGACAGGAAAGCCCGCCACUGCUCGCCUGCGCAGACAGGAAAGCCCGCCACUCCUCACCCGCACAGACAGGAAAGCCCGCCACUCCUCACCCGCACAGACAGGAAAGCCCGCAACUGUUCACCUGCACAGACAGGAAAGCCUGCCACUCCUCACCCGCACAGACAGGAAAGCCCGCCACUCCUCACCCGCACAGACAGGAAAGCCCGCCACUGCUCGCCUCUGCAGACAGGAAAGCCCGCCACUGUUCGCCUGCGCACACAGGAAAGCCCGCCACUCUUCACCCCCGCAGACAGGAAAGCCCGCCUCUGCUCGCCCGCACAGACAGGAAAGCCCGCAACUGUUCGCCUGCGCAGACAGGAAAGCCCGCCACUGCUCGCUGCGCAGACAGGAAAGCCCGCCACUGCUCGCCUGCGCAGACAGGAAAGCCCGCCACUGCUCGCCUGCACAGACAGGAAAGCCCGCCACUGCUCGCCUGCGCAGACAGGAAAGCCCGCCACUCCUCACCCGCACAGACAGGAAAGCCCGCCACUCCUCACCCGCACAGACAGGAAAGCCCGCAACUGUUCACCUGCACAGACAGGAAAGCCUGCCACUCCUCACCCGCACAGACAGGAAAGCCCGCCACUGCUCGCCUGUGCAGACAGGAAAGCCCGCCACUGUUCGCCUGCGCACACAGGAAAGCCCGCCACUCUUCACCCCCGCAGACAGGAAAGCCCGCCUCUGCUCGCCCGCACAGACAGGAAAGCCCGCAACUGUUCGCCUGCGCAGACAGGAAAGCCCGCCACUGCUCGCCUGCGCAGACAGGAAAGCCCGCCACUGCUCGCCUGCGCAGACAGGAAAGCCUGUCACUGCUUGCCUGCGCAGACAGGAAAGCCCGCCACUCCUCACCCGCACAGACAGGAAAGCCCGCCACUGCUUGCCUGCGCAGACAGAAAAGCCCGCCACUGGUUGCCUGUGCAGACAGGAAACCCCGCCACUGCUCACCUGUGCAGACAGGAAAGCCUGUCACUGCUUGCCUGCGCAGACAGGAAAGCCCGCCACUCCUCACCCGCACAGACAGGAAAGCCCGCCACUGCUUGCCUGCGCAGACAGAAAAGCCCGCCACUGGUCGCCUGCGCAGACAGGAAAGCCCGCCACUGCUCGCCUGCGCAGACAGGAAAGCCCGCCACUGCUCGCCUGCGCAGACAGGAAAGCCCGCCACUCCUCACCCGCACAGACAGGAAAGCCCGCCACUGCUUGCCUGCGCAGACAGAAAAGCCCGCCACUGGUCGCCUGCGCAGACAGGAAAGCCCGCCACUCACUUGCGAGUUACAGCAAGGAAGAUUCUGGUAGGCCGCAUCACCACUGAUUCUCGUGUUUUGUCAUCUAGGCAGAUCAGGUAAUUAUACAUCAUUGUUAUUCACAGGCUACUAUGGCAACAUGUAAAAUCACAGACUUUUUGAAAGCUCCAUCCUCCAGAGUCUUGUACCUCUUCACUAGAUCAUCAAAAUUGAAGUGAAGCCCUUUCAUUAGUCACAGACAACAGUUCAUCUGAUCCACCAUCAGCCAGUGGUGGGACGGAGCUGAGCGACAUUGUAUACGUUUAUGGCUUCCGGAAUUUGCUUGGCUUAGAUAUAAUAAAGAGAAAGAAAUGAUGUGCUGGGAGUGUGGCUCUACGGCCGCCCGGAUACUGCAGGAACGCAUCGUUUCAUGAAAGAAACUAUAAAGAACAUGUCAGAGGCCCAGACAUGCUGGUGACGGUAUCACGGCCAGGCGGCCCGCAGAGGCACCGUCAGCCCGUUCUGUGAAGAAACGGCAGAGAAAGAUCCUAAAGAAAUGAAGCCUAAAUGUAAUGCCGCCGACAUGAUUGCACGUGAGGAGCUACCAUUUACAGCGCUUGCCUCUCAAAUCUUGCUUAUCGCAAAAAACGGACUGGAAAUAUCCAAAUUGUAUGAUAACGACACUGCGUGCGCUGAAUGACUUAGGAGCCCAGACAGUAAAUAAGGCGAACAAGGAACUUACAUUUCAGUCCUAACAGACUGUGGAACAGAUGUGUCCGGAAGCGAAAAUGUGAUUGUGUUUUUGUCUGGUGUCCCGGUAAACAGUCUUGUUGGAUUAGCGCAGCGUCAGCAUUGUCAUGCGCAGGGAUUAUUUACAGCAAUAACAUGACCAAAGUCAUCCAAAUUGGUGGCAAGAGAAGCUCCGUGCCUCUGGUGCAGAUGGAGCCAGGGCUAAUAUGGGGGCACUGAUAAGACAAGAUAUAAGGCUGAGCACAAACGUGUCUUCCUAUGGUUCCAAAAGUGUAUGACCGGUUGCAUUUUGUUUGGAAGACUUAUCAUUAUGGUUCCAAAAGUAAAAGGGAGUUGAGAGCAAUUGGCGCAGAGUUAGGCUGUACAAUCGGCUGCCCCGGGGCAGUGAAGACCCAGCGUUGGCCACUCUCCUCGGAUGAUGAAACAGGACAUCAUCCCAUGGAGCACCCUGCCGCCUCCUCCAAAAACUGUGAUCGAUCUGGAAGAGCGAAUGGAGAGCAUCGUGUGUGUUGGAUUCUGUCACUUUCUCCUUGACCUCUUUGGAGAAAUCUCACAGUUGAGCCUUCAGAGAACGUCUCCACACGUUACCACCAGCUGCCGCUGCUAUUACUGGUUGUAAUAUGUCAACGGAAAGCAUUAAAGAGAAGCCACUAAGAAACGGGAAAGUGCAGAAUAAUUUCCUGCAAAUAGCUGGUAAAGAAAUGCAUGUUCAGAAAGGCGAGAUGGAACCCCACGUGCCGCAUGCCCCACGUGUCACAAUACUCAACUGAAAGAAAGCCACCCAGUUUUAUGGAUAUCCUUAAAGAACAUAUCAAAAAAACUGUAGAGGUAACAAUUACAGAACUGGAAAAAAGAUCUGGAAUGAUGAUCGGGAAAGACCAGGAAGAUAACAUCCCAUGUCUCUCUAUCUUUGGUCACGAUUCUCGGCCUGAAGACUUCAUCACGUAUGGAGAGGAGGACAUUGACAUACAGUGGUAUACGGCCAUCUUGCUGAAGAAUCACUGGGAUUUGGAGGCAAUCCACAGCUAAAAUUCUCAAUCAAAGGCCAGUUUGCAGCCAUGUCUUAUAGCAGUUGUGGGAGGUCAUCCUGACAGAAGAGCCUCGCUCCACCGACCACACAACUGUUCUACAUCUGGUGAACAUUGAGCUCACACUUCCUAUAACUGCUGCGCGGUGUGAACGAGGCUUCUCUGCGCAAAACAGAAUGAAAUCACAAGUACCCAGGUCACUUCAUAGGUCUACACUGGAGGAUUUCAUCCGAAUUUGCUCAGAAGGCCCCUCACUUCAGCUGUUUCAUCCCGAGCCCUGCGUGAGCCAAGACAGGAGAGGACUACAACUCUCAACAAACAGUAUUCGGAGCGGAGGCCGGCCCCUCUCCUCAGCACUGUACCUACCAGCC